AGCUAUAUUGGUCGUAAUGUUUACAGUGUUACUUCGUAUUUGAGCAGCGGAUUUUAUAAGGAAAUAAGUAUAAAUAUCGAAAUCGGCUUCAAAGUGAAAGUAGGCCGACAUUCAGAUUCAAUAGAUCAUGUUGACAUUUUACAUAUAGUUAACUAUUAUUGUUAUGUUUGGUCGUAGCAACGUUGUUGUCAUUCAUCGAUCCAUGCAAAGCUGACAGUGACGAAGUCAAUUGGUUGGUCUGGUGGUGGCGCUGGGUCACGCCAAGUCUAAAUUACACAUUUCAAAUUCAGUGGACUGCUGAGGACAGUGGAGUGGCACGAACGAAGCCGGCUGUGUUAUCAGUGUUGUACAUCAUAUGACUGUGACGUUGGUCUUAAUGGCACUUCAAUAAUUUAAGCAUCAUUACUCAUAAGACAUAAGACCACCUUUGGCCUUGAAAUAAAAAAGAAACUAGUCUCACUAGUGUUGUUGCACAUUUUUAAGAGCUGACAGGUUUAUGCAGGUCUUAUAAAUAUUGACUUGACUUGCCUUACAUAUCCUCAACUCUCGACCUACACACUGUCACUGUGGUUUCAGAUCAUCAUUAAGCCUAAAUUUAAUUUGAUUGAUUCAACGAUAACAUUGAUUGGAUUUAGGCUACAUCAAGUAUCAAAAUAAACAUUUUAACUAAUAUGGUAGGCAUAAUUAUCUAAUAUUAUUAUUGUUAAAAAUACUUUCAUUUUUUUUUUUUAUUAUCAGACAGCGGCCUAAUUAAUAAGGCAAUAAUAGCAUAGAGCUUUUAAUUUUUAUAAAAUAUAUUUAAUAAGCCAAGCCCAGCAAAAAGACUAAUGAUUAGGCUACAUGAGCUGACUUAAACUUAAUACUUACUUUACAUUUUAUGUUUAAGACUAAGUUUAGUAAUUAAAGUAGAAUCAUUUUUAGUUCCUGAGGCAAUUGAUGGGGUACCCAUACAAAAUAAUUAUAUUUUCAAAAUUUCAAAGUUAAGCUGUUCCUUUUUUUUUAUAAAUACAUACUGGUAUGCAUUUAAUUUGAUAAAGUAAAAUCAUAUUUUAGGUUUAGCACAAUAAAUCAUUAAAUAAAUUAGAAUUUAAAUAUCAUAUUUUUUAUGUCUUAUGUUUAAAAAAAAUGUUUUAUUUUAUUUUAUAAAUUUUUUAAAGAAUUAACUUGUCAAGUCCAAGCAACCUAAAAUAAAUACUGGCAUCAUCUAAAAUAAAUUUCAUUUAUUUUUAACUGUAAUUUAAUUUUAAUGAAUUGUAUUAGUAUUAGAGCAUAAAUUUAAGGUCCAGGCUCCAGCAAUGUUUUGUCGUUUACGGCACUAUUCAAUUCAUGGUCUAUUUGGGUGACUUGCGAAGUAAUUAAAAUCCAUAUUAUUAAUUUAAAAUUCUUUACUAAGUCUCCUCAAAAUGUUACUAUAUAAUUAUCAGUAAUAUCAGUAAUCUUAUUUUUCACAAAAUAUACAUACCGUAGUGGUACCCUUGUCACAUAUUGUAUUUUCACAAAUUCAUGAUCCCCCCCCCCCCUCCUUAUCAUGUUUAAGUUAUUAUUUUACACAAAAUAUACAUACCGAAGUGGUACCCAUGUCACAUAUUGUAUUUUCACAAAUUCAUGAUCCCCCCCCCCCCCUCCUUAUCAUGUUUAAGUUAUUAGUUUAGAGUUUAAGUUAUCAAUAACAAGAGAUUUAGAAGUAGGCUUUUGUCUACAAUCAUUCAUCAAUCACUAUAACUAUAAAUUUAGUAACAAAUCACUAUAAACUAUAAAUUGUAAAUUUAAUAACUUUAUAUUUCAAUUUUUAUAAAUAAGUUUUUCUUUUUUUUUCUUUUCUGUUCAGGCUGUAACUAGAGAGAAAGUCUUAGCCACGGCCAAAGAUUUCUUGUCGUUUAUCAAUAAGUCUCCUUCACCAUUUCAUGGUAGGUUUUAACGUUAAAGAAGAAUUCAAUUAUGUCUUAAUGAAAACAGUUUGGAAGUUACAUUUACCGCUUACUUUUGUUAAAAUGCGUGUGAAGCUGUUAAUAAUUUUGUGUUGCAUAGUCAUAAAUUCUUUUUUAUAGCCGUAGAUGAAGUGAAGAGAGCUCUGGUUUCCAGCGGUUUUAAAGAGUUGAAAGAGUCUGACAGUUGGAAGAUAGCACCAUUGCAGAAAGUAGGCAUUUUAUUUUUAGUUUUGUCCAAUUUUUAUUUUGGGUGGGGGAGGAUGGUGGUGGUGGUAGUGGGGGGAGGGGUUAUACUCUGUCUCUUUAAACAAUUUGAACAUAACUCUAUUUAAGUUUAAACGUGGCAGCUUAUAGGGCCUCUCAACAAAGUUCUAAUGAUAUUUUUUGGGGACCUUAGCAUAUUAAUAUUAGUGAAAGAAAAUCAUAAAACAGGCCUAAUAAUCUUGUUAUCUUAACUUCUCAGUAACCUGGCUAUCAAAAUAAUAAUAAUAUUUACCCUACUCACAGGGGAAAGUUCAGGGGAUAAAAUAAUUAACAAUGAAGUAUGGGUAAAAGAGAGUACAAGGCUUAAUAAUUUUUUUCAAAAAUUAGAUUUUUCUUACGGUACAUUGAAUACCGGUACAACUCUAUAGUCAGCUGUUGUCAAUAUUGUUUUCAUUUAAAUUCUCAACAGUAUUUUGUCACCAAAAACCAAUCGACCAUUAUCGCCUUUGCCGUGGGUGGCAAAUACCGACCCGGUAAUGGCUUCAGCAUUGUUGGUGCCCACACGGACAGCCCUUGCCUAAGGGUAAGCACUGUGGUCUUUAUACUUUGUCUCAUGCACGCAUCUUAGUUGAGCUUAGUUUGUCACCAGGACAACAGAGUUGAUACUACUACAGCGUUUGAUGCAUAAGGCUAGGAUAGAUAAAAAGUACCGGUAAUUUGUAGUUUAUAAGGACUAGGAGGAAACACACUGGUAAAAAUGUGUAUGUACUUCAUUACCAUUAAUAUGUUUGUUUGUAUAUAUGAGGGUGGUGGUGGGGGGUGGUGCUGCUAUUUGUUUUGAUGUCCUCAUAUGAUGUUAGGAUAUUAAUCUUAAGGCAAAAAAAUAUAUUGAACAUAGCCAAUGAGUGAUAUGUAGAUUAAAGUGUCUGUAGACAAUAAAUAGACAAUUAGUAAUUAAUUAGUAGACAGUAAAUCAUAUUUCAGGUCUGUUUAGAGUUUAGAAAGUUUAAAUACUAAUUUAUUCCCAAAAUGACUGACAGCGAAAAAGCUCAGCUAGACUAGAAUGUCGUAAGUUAUAUUCAUGGGAUAAUCUUCAUUACCCGGUAUCAGUAAGAUUGAACAACCUUGUUUACUUCAUCAUGACAACUUGGCACUGUCAUUUAUUCUUGCAAGAUAAAUGUUCUCACAUAGCAUCUUACAGGCCAUGAUGUGAGAUUAUUUACAAAUAAGGACAGUGGCACUGAGUGGAGAGGGGAUGAUGAAAGUGUCAGUAUGACAUAAGACCAACAAUCUGAGGGUCCCCCUCUGACGUAGGGGUGGGGGAAUGGAGAUAUGUCUUUGCAUUACUCAAAUAGUUUUUUACAGCAGCUGUAUCUUGAUUAAUAUACAAUACCAUGCUCAAGAUACAAGUUAUAAGAUAAAAGUUAACCUAGUGUCACAGACAUGUCAGCUCUUACAGAAAAUUUGUGUUCAUCAAUUAGGUCAAGCCUGUUUCCAACAAGGUCAAGCAGGGAUUCUGUCAGCUUGGAGUCGAAUGUUACGGUGGGGGUAUCUGGAGCACCUGGUUCGACAGGGAUUUGACAGUGGCAGGGCGAGUGCUGGUUAAAGAUAAGGUAAAUAGUUGUGGCAGUGCUGGUUAAAGAUAAGGUAAAUAGUUGUGGCAGUGCUGGUUAAAGAUAAGGUAAAUAGUUGUGGCAGUGCUGGUUAAAGAUAAGGUAAAUAGUUGUGGCAGUGCUGGUUAAAGAUAAGGUACCGUAUAUAGUUGUGGCAAUGCUGGCUAUAGAUGAGGUUCAUAGUAAUGUUUAUGAAACUCUAUAGAAUUAUCAGAGCCUCCAGGAAACUGUUAUAUUUUAAUUCCUGUAAAACUGUGUAUGCCUCUACACUUUUGUUUCUGCUUAGGCAGCCCCUUCACUUAUUUAAUUUUUUUUAAUGAUUUUUUUUUACUUUCCACACAUUUUAUUUUUUUUUAAAUCACAUACCUGUAAUUCCAAUAAGUUUAGAUGUACAUUUUUUCUCCCCUCCUUGGCCGUCUCUUGACCAAGUAGUAGAUCCCUCCUCAGUUAUGGAUAACUAACCAGGACUGGUGGGAAUGCCAAGUAUUUAAUAUUUGGGUGGGGGUUAACCCUUAGUAAAAAAAAAAUCCCAACCAAUGACUUGUCAGUCUAUGCAAAGAGCCGUAAUCCUGACAGUUCGUCUACUGUUGCCAACAUAAGUUUAAACAAAAUUUGAAUUAAAAAAAAAAAAUCAUUUUAUAAAUUUUUCAUGAUUAUUUAUUUUAAAAUUGAGUGAUUGUAAAAUAAAUUUAAGUAAGAAAUUUUUAAUUUCAGUUUUAAAAAAGAUGCAAUAAAUCUGGACAAUUUAAAAGAAAAAUUUUAUAAUUUUCCUAUAUAAUGUGAAGAACCCACAGCUCAGUUCUAGUUUUGUCCAGAGGUCACUAACAUUUAGUUGCACCAGUGCGAGAUAAGAACUCGGGGAUCAUAACUGAUCAUUUUAUAAUGACAGAGUGAUGACAGCAUCAGUCACCAACUGGUCCACAUUCCACGUCCCAUUCUCAGGAUACCUCACUUGGCCAUUCACCUUCAACGAGACAUCAACGACAGCUUUGGUCCCAACAAGGAAACCCACUUGUAAGUCAUGUGUUGGUCAGUUUGAAAUAUGUUUCUAUGAGGUAGAUUGAGAGGGGGGGGGGGGUGGAUUCAGUUAGUCACAAAGUAAUUUAAUUACAAUAUGGAAUAUGUGCUAGCAUCCAUAUGGAAUAUGUGCUACCAUUCCAGGUAAUAAGCUGCUGUCCCAUGUAGUAUAUGGGCUACAUCCAAUAUAGAAAUAAGCUAUCAUCCCAUGCAGAAAUGUGCUACCAUGCCAUGUAGAAUAUGUGCUACCAUCCCAAUGUGAAUAUGAUUUUUCAAGAGUUUCUCUACUUGAUCUUAACGAACAUUCGCCUUGUAUUAUCAUUUCCAGAUGCCCCAUUCUGGCAACUUGCUUGGAAGCCGAGCUCCAGGGGGAUAAGUUGUCAGCCUCCACCUCAUGUAGCGAUGGCACCGAGAGUGUAGUUUCCCAGGUGAAUUCUCAGAUAGUGAUAGCAAAAACGUCAUCGUCCUACAAAACACUUGUUUUAUACUAGGAUAAAUUUAUUGAUGAAUACCGUAAUAGAACUGCGCAGAGAAGAUUGAUGGUCACUGACAAAGGAUGAUAGUGAAUUCUAAAGUCAGGCAAAUUUAGUGUCGGAUAACGAUAAAUCAGCUGUCCCUAUCGUUCCAGACACAAUGUGUCAAAUGCGAAAAAGUAAUAAAAAAUCACCUCUGCCUGUUGAUAAGUCUGUUGUUUUAACUCAUCAACGUUGAUACCUGACAAACACCCGUGUCAGUAGCUAUGCUGUAGAGAUCAAUGUACCGUAUAUAAAUACAACAUGCUAGCCUAGCGACAUAAGUUGCAUACUAUUGUUCAAACAAGAGUGUUUUUUUUUAAUCCAUUUUGGUUAACUUUUUGUAUUACAUGACCCCAGGCAGCCAAGCAUCCACCUACUUUGGUGAAACUUGUAUGCCAGGAGCUGAACAUUGAACCCAGCCAGAUGUUGGACUUUGAGCUUUGUCUGGCAGACACGCAGCCCGCGGUAAGAUUUUGUGAACUGUUGCCGUCAGAGCAGCUGAGAUUUAUCAGUUUAGUCAGAGAUUUAUCAGUUUGGUUAGAGAUUUAUCAGUUUGGUUAGAAGAGGUCACCAUAAAAUGUUCAAAUUUAUGGUAAAAUCAACAAUAAAGUGUGUCUGGAUAAAUUAGAAUUGUGGCAUGGUUAGUAGUUUUAUCAUCCAUCUAGAACAGGGUUCGGCAACCCAAGGUACAGGUGCCAGAACUGGCAGGCAAAACUUAUAUUCAACUGCCAACUCUAGAUCAAAAAAAAUUUUUUACUAAAAUUUUGAGUCUUAAAUUUAUACUUAUAUUAUAUAAUGUUGUUCGUGAGUAUUGAGCAUAAUGAAUUAGAAAUCCUACUUCUGCACACCAUUAUCAAAUGGUUGCUAACUAGAACUAGUUUGCUGCUACAGGCCCAGUAGAAUGUGUACGGGGCUGACCCAUAACUAAAAAUCAUGCCUCAAAAAGGGCAGUUAGAGCUUUUCUCAGCUGAUUGGCAUAACUUACAAGCUUUACUCUUUUAUUUAUAGAGCUCUCAUUUUACUGUACGCUUUUAUAGAGCUCUCAUGUUAUUGUAUGCUCUUAUAGAGUUCUCAUGUUUCUGUGUGCUCUUAUAGAGUUCUCAUGUUAUUGAUGGCUCUUGUGGUAGUAGAGCUCUCAUGUAACUGUAUACUCUUGUAGAGUUAUCAUGUUACUGUAUGCUCUGCCAGUUUUUAACUGGUUGAAAUCAAUCCUGUAGAGCAGACUUUUUAAAUAACUUUUUCAAAGAAUGUUUAAACAUUUCUUUUUCUUUCUGAUGUGCACUGUAGUUCUUUAUUUUCCCUUGUCAUGUAUAUGAGUAGAUAAUUUAUAUAUUGAUCUGAAACUUUCCGCUAAACUUAUUCAGACACUAGGAGGCGCCUAUGAAGAAUUCUUAUUUUCCCCUCGACUGGACAAUUUGUUUAACGCCUACGCUGCGUAUCAGGUAAUAAUUUUUUUUAUAACUUUAAUUUUUUACAAUAAUUUUGAACAAUUUUUGGCCAAUGUUGAGGAGACAAUUUAAAAAGAAAUUUUGUAUUAUUAUUAUUAACAUGUUUUGGUUUUUUUUUAAUUCAGAAGGUUAAAUUUUAGUGCAUGGCAUUUUGUUGCAGGGUUUGCUGUUGUCUUUACAAGAUGAAAGCCUGGAGACCGAUCCCAAUGUCCGCAUGAUCAGCCUUUUUGAUAACGAAGAGGUGGGUGAAGGGUUAUAUGUUGCCGAAGGAAUUAAAUAGUGGAAGCUGACGAUGUGUUGCUAUGAGGAAUGAAAUGGUGGAAGUUGACGAUGUGUUGCUAUGAGGAAUUAAAUGGUGGAAGUUGACGAUGUGUUGCUAUGAGGAAUUAAAUGGUGGAAUUUGACGAUGUGUUGCUAUGAAGAAUGAUAUGGUAGAUGUUGUUGGAGAGAUACUGGGGUGGGGGGGGGGGGGGGUUCAAUAUAAUUCAUUCAUAUAUAAUUUUUUUUUUAAGUACCGGUAUCGUAUGUGAAAAAAAUGAGUAAUAAAUAUAUAUAGUUGUACCACACAAUUAUAAAUGGACCAAAACUAAUACUUCUUCAACAACUUAUAGCUCACUAACCAGAAGAGAUACCUUCCAACUUUAAAAAAUAACAACACAUAAUAUUAAUAUUGUUAAAACCACUAUAAAAGGGAUUCAAUAUUAUGGACCACAAUUAGGCUAUUUUAGCGGGGUUCCACUGUAAUGAUCACAUACAAUAUAGAUGAUUAAACUUGAAUUAAUAAUUUAUGACAAAUAAUUGUUCAUUAUAUCUCUUAACCUGUCUUCACUCAUCGUUUUUUAAAACCAUUGUCCAUUAGCCAUCUUCAUCAAUAAGACCUCACCAUGUUACCGGUAUCACAAUGUUUCUCAGCACAGUGCUUUGUUACUGUGUUACUCAUUAUGCUGAGCUCUGUUAACACCUGUGCAACCGUAUGUUUUCUGUUCAUCAGGUGGGUUCUGAGAGCGCCCAGGGUGCCGGCUCCAUGUUCCAGGAAAUCAUCAUGCGUCGCAUUAGCGCUGACCGUGACCACAUUGUGGCCUUCGAAGAGUCCAUAGCCAAGUCUUAUAUGGUCAGUGCUGACCAGGCGCACGGCUGUCAUCCCAACUAUGCGUAAGAGUUUUCAUUUAGCUUCAGCUGGUGCCUUGCAUGAGUCUGGAUUAAAUUUUAGAUGUAUCCAGUAGAUAAAUAAGCACAGCCAUUUAAUUCCUUAAGCUGAAAGAGAUUUGAUAUCCUCCAAACUGAACACUCUUUGGUGUUACUAGAAACUUUUACUCUUUGAGCAUUUCAUUUUUUUUUUUUUAAACUUUAUUUGUUGGUGUUAUUGAUAUACUUUUAGUUGGACUUUAGCCUGAAAAUUUAGGAUAGGAAGGCAGGGAUGCAACAGUCUUCAAGAAUAGAUUUCUGCAGUCAUAACUUUUUUUAAUUUCAACUUUAUACACGGUAAAUUAUAAUUAUAGGUUAUUGAGAUUUUUUAAAAGUUAUUUAUUAUCUCCUACCUUUAAUAUCUCGUAAUGUCAUAAAAUUAUUAUGUACCCGAUACAUUUAUCAGCAUUUUAAUCAGCGUCGCAAAAUGAUGACAUCCCCUUACUAGGUGGCUGAUUUGGGUUCUGAUCAUUAAUAAUUAUUACUUCAUUCACUUUUCUUUUUACUCAAUCUGUGUAUUAUCUUAAUCCCAUCACGCCAGGGAAGUCUGAAUGAAUUGUAAGUCAAAUUACCUUCAGUGAAGCAGUCAUAUUACCUUCAUUGAAGUUUGAAUGUAUUGACAGUCAUAUUACCUUCACUGAAGUUUGAAUGUAUUGACAGUCAUAUUACCUUCAUUGAAGUUUAAAUGUAUUGACAUUCAUAUUACCUUUAGUGGCGUCAUUUCAACACCUUUACUUUCCUCAGGGAGAAACACGAGUCAAACCAUCAGCCAGAGUUGCACAAGGUAAGGGGUAAUCUCAUAGUUUAACAAAGGAAUGGUAAUCUCAUAGUUUAACAAAGGAAAGGUAAUGUCAUAGUUUAACAAAGGAAAGGUAAGGUCAUAGUUUAACAAAGGAAAGGUAAUGACCACAACAUUCUAUCAUAUAGAACCAAGGCCCCCAACCUAUGCAGCCUUUAUAAUUAUGCCUGCCAUGGAUUGUUUUAGAGAUAAUAAUAUAAAAAAUUAUACUUGCUGCCCUCAUAAGUGUUGUCGAUUUCUCAAUGUUAACAAUUUAAAACAUUUUCUUGUUUGACCUGUAACUGGAGGGUUUCUCUGAUGUAGAGUAUAUAUGUAUUUCUCAGCGUAACUUUAUUUAAAUUAAAAUUAAUUCAAGUAAAUUUAUAUUACCGGUAUGUAUUUAUUACUUUCCUGGCCUAUUUCUUUUUUAUUUUAAAAAAAAUUAUAUUACCUGGCAGCAGCCCAUAACUGAGUAAAGAGGUCAAGCUGACCCCAAACGGGACAUUGAAAUUGUAUGUUUAAGUUUAUAUUAUUCUUUAAUAUAUUCCCCAAAAGGAGAGAAUGCCAAGGUUGUAACGUAACGUUUAGGGUGGGUGGGGGUGUCAAUGGAUCUGGCCCAGAACAUUUCUGUGGUCUGCCUGUACCAGUGAUAUGCAAAUAGGAAUUUUAUCCCAUGAUCAAUAAAUCCAUUGUAUUUCCCAUUUCUUAAAUCCAGGGUAUUGUGAUAAAAUUCAACUCCAACCAGAGGUACGCCACUACAGGUAUAACUGCCACCAUCCUCAGACAAAUAGCCAAGAAAGUUAGUGUGCCUCUACAGGUAAGGAAUAUCACGUUUGUUUGUUUCACAACUCGGCUGCAUAGCAUUUUGAAUUGUGGUAGUUAAAAAAUGUUUUAGCAGUUACAUUGUGUUGGGAACAACUGACAAGUAAUAUUGGCAAAAAGAAACAUGAUCCUUUAGUUGUUUAGUCGUUACUAUAUAUAGUGUAUGGCAUAAAAUACCGGUAUAUUAUAUAAAGUGUAUUAUAAAAAAUAUAUAAAGUGUAUUAUAUAAAUCAUAUAAAGUGUUUAAAUAUAAAAUAUAUAGUGUAUGGCAUAAAAUAUAAUAUAUAAAGUGUAUUAUAUAAAAUAUAUAAAGUGUAUUAUAUAAAUCAUAUAAAGUGUUUAAAUAUAAAAUAUAUAGUGUAUGGCAAAAAAUAUAUUAUAUAAAGUGUAUUAUAUAAAGUGUAUUAUAUAAAAUAUAUAUAGUGUAUGGCAUAAAAUAUAAUAUAUAAAGUGUAUUAUAUAAAAUAUAUAUAGUGUAUUAUAUAAAUCAUAUAAAGUGUUUAAAUAUAAAAUAUAUAGUGUAUGGCAUAAAAUAUAAUAUAUAAAGUGUAUUAUAUAAAAUAUAUAUAGUGUAUUAUAUAAAUCAUAUAAAGUGUUUAAAUAUAAAAUAUAUAGUGUAUGGCAAAAAAUAUAUUAUAUAAAGUGUAUUAUAUAAAAUGUUUUAUGUAAAGCAAUUAUUUUCAAGUAAGGUUUUGUUCAUAGAACCUAUUUGAAAAAAAUCUCAGAAAUCCUGCUCCAAAUUACCCUAACCAUGAACAAUAUUAAAGCCUUAAUGUAUUCACUUCUCUUACAGGAUUUUGUAGUUCGGAAUGACUCUACUUGUGGCUCAACGAUUGGUCCAAUAAUGUCGGCUAAGCUUGGAAUGCAGACCAUAGAUGUGGGGGCGCCACAGUUUGCCAUGCAUUCCAUCAGAGAAACAGGGGCCACAACUGAUGUUGUACAUGCGGUUAAGCUGUUUGAGGUAUGCCACGAAUGUUGGUCUUUAAGGUGUCUUAUGAUAAGCUUGUGCCGUAAUUGCAUGCAUUACCGGACAGGUUUAAAAAAAAAAAUCAUAUUUUAGUUUUUUACUAAAUUUUUGGCAUGUCUUCUUUUUGUUCGAAAUAUUGAUCACAAGUUAUGUGAUUGACCUAAGUAUUGAAACGUGGAUAGAGGAAGCCACUAAAAUGUUUCCUAGUAAAAUGUUGAUAAAUUUUAAAAAACUUACUACUUCUAACACAGCAAGAACUAAUUUAAGAAGACUCUAAAGUGUACCCAGAUUCAAUAUUUAACUAAAAGUGACUAUUAAAAAAAAAAUUCUUUCUUUUUGCAUAUCGGCUAUUUACAGGACUGUGUGGAUCACUCAUAAAAGCAUAAUGAAAAUUUUAUUGAAUUUGCUCACAAAAUACAGUGAACUCUUACAAGAAUGUUUAUUUUUUUGUCAACAGGGUUUUUUCCGCUUCUAUCCUGAAAUACAGUCGUCUCUCAAAUUCUGAGCACAGUAUUUAUCCCGAUAGGUUACAUGUUACCAGUGUUAAGUUUUCAGCUCCUUAAUUUCGAUUGCCUUCAAUCAAGUCGAGGUAAAUUUUAUAAUCAGUUUAAUAUUUUAUUUAGGCUCCCUAUGAAAAGUUUGAUGUGAAGAUUUUUUUUUUUUAAGUUCUUUUUUCAAAGAAAAAAUAUGUUUCUCAUAAACUUUAUUGGAAAAUAGCGUGAGGGCAUGGUCAAUGAUUUGCAAAUGUUACUGCUAAGUGCAGGAUAGGGAUUAUGAUAAACUAAGAUCUAAAUUGCAAGCUUUUAUGUUGUGUGGUGGAGUCACAAACCUUUUGUAACGCCACCCUAAUAGCUUAGUUAGUCUUGACUUGAUGUAUCUAAAUGAAAUUUUGGUUUUUCUCCAUAAGACAAAGAAUAUUGUAGAAAACAAUUUGUAAGGAUAAACAACCUAGAAAAUGAGAUUUUUAAUCUCUUUGUGUAAGUUAUGCUAAAUUUUUAUCGCUAAAUUUUUAUCAUUUAAUUACUGGUUUGUCUUUAUAGAAGUGCUUAUGUGUAAAAAAAAAUGUGUUCUUAGGUAUAAAAUCAAGAGUUUACUUUAUUCAUUUGUUACAAGAAUCCCAUUUUGAAUUAUUUAUUUCUUGUGGCCUGUGUGGUAUAAUGCCUUGACAUUUAAUAAAGUAUAGUUUUAAUGAGAUGUCUUUCUUCUUUCUUUGUAAUAAUGAUAGUUCUGCAUACUGAUCUACUGGCCCUGUAUCAGCUUCAAGUGUAAUAAUAGUCAUUCUAAACAAAUUUAAUAUUAAACCAAGCAACAAAUCUUCGUAUUGUGUAGACAAAGUGUAUGAUCGUUCAAUAAAUAGGAAUAGAUUGUGUAGACAAAGUGUA